AAGGGGUUUGAAGAGGACGUUCGUUUGAAGAGCGAGCAAAAAAGGGUUUCAGAUUCAAUGGCGUCUUUUCAAUUCUUGAUUGGUGAUUCAACUUCAAGCGAGGGCGGCAACUAGAAAAUUGUUGGACUCUGUUAGCAGAGAACGUUACCUAGCCUCAGGGACUCUGUAGGCCGAAAGUGACUGAGAGAGGGCUUUAACGUUCAACGUUAAUUCUUCUUUGCGCCUAUCGAAAGGCAAUCAGAAUCAUCAGGAUAAAAAGCUUCUGCCGCUGAACUUGGAAAAGCUGGAGGCAACAUGACGCGGGACACGGAUGGAAACCCAAACUUUAGGUACUCGCAGCCACCGUCGAAGGUGGUGCAUGUGCGGAACCUGCCUUGGGGGACGACGGAGGAAGAACUGAUCGAGAUGUGCAAACCCUUUGGGAAAGUGGUCAACACGAAGCUGAAUGUUGGAGCCAAUCAUAAUCAGGCUUUUGUUGAGAUGGAGAGCUUGCAGCAAGCUGUGCAGAUGGUAGGCUAUUUCCUCUCCUCGUCAGAGCCAGCGCAAGUCAGGGGUAAGGCCGUCUACCUCCAGUACUCGACACGGCAGGAAAUUGUCGCGACCAGGAACACAGGGGAUGCCCCCAGCAACGUUCUCCUCGUGUCGAUAGAAGGUGUGGAAAGCGGCCAAGUCAGCAUUGAUGUGCUCCAUCUGGUGUUCUCAGCGUUUGGCUUUGUCCACAAGAUUGCAACGUUUGAAAAGCAGGCAGGUUUUCAGGCUUUGGUCCAGUUUGGGGACCACAAAACAGCAGAGCAGGCAAAGAAUGCACUGGAAGGCAGGAGUAUACCCCGAUACCUCCUGUCAGACGACGUGCCUCCCUGUACGUUUCGCAUCACCUUUUCUGCUCACCAAGAUCUUAGCGUCAAAUUUCAGAGUCAUCGAAGCAGAGACUACACAAACCCGUACCUUCCGGUUGCGGCUUCAGCUAAUGAUCCAAGCCUGGGGUCACAGAAAAAGGAGCCGGAGAGCAACGUUUUAUUGGCGUCGAUUGAGAACAUGCAGUACGAGGUCACCUUAGACGUGCUUCAUACGGUUUUCUCGGCGUUUGGUUUUGUGCAGAAGAUUGCCAUCUUCGAGAAACAGGCCGGCUUUCAAGCCUUGGUCCAGUACCCAGAUGUGGCAACGGCGGCGGCUGCCAAAGAGCAUCUAGAAGGGCACGCGAUCUACGAUGGGGGCUACUGCGUGAUUCGGCUCAACUUCUCUCGGCAUACGGACCUCAACAUCAAGGCAAACAACGACCGCAGCCGCGACUUCACCAACCCCACCCUCCCCCAGCAGGUCGCCGGCGCGCAGGCCGGCCUCGAGCAGCAGUUUAACGCUCCGAACCCCCUCUUCGACCCCAACGACCUGGCCUACAACACCAGUUUCGCCGCCCAGCGGGGAGGCGCCCCCGCUGGCGGGCCGCCGCGCCCUCCUGGGCCCCCGGGGGUUCCCCCCGGGCAGGGGCCUUACAUGGGUGGACCUCACUACGGCCCUCGGCCGGGAGGUCCGGGGUACGGGCCGCCGGGACCAAGGGGAAUGCCUGGGCCGCCGGGGCCGCCGCCGAGGGGUCCACCUGGGGGUGGUCAGCCAGGCUACAUGCCAGCCGGUCCUCCAGGGCCACCUCCACCAAGACCGGGCUUCGGUGGGCCGCCCGGGCCUCCUCCCCCUGGUUACCGGGGGCCCCCGCCUCCGGGUGCUCGGCCUCCGUACGGCGGCCCGCCUCAAGGGGGCCCGCCAGGCCCACGGCCGAAUGGCCCACCCCCUGGAGGCCCCCCUGGUACCGGAUAUUGAUGCUAGAGCAAUGCAUAAAGCAAAUAGGUCGCCACUAUCAAUGUCUUGUGCGUCUUAGCUUGUCUGGGAUAUAUGACGUUUGGUGCUUCGUUUACGUGCGGUCAAGAUGCGCCUCAGAAGAGACGUGAACUCCGUUGUGGAGGUUUUAGCACGAUUAAAAUGCUCUGCUUUCGACCUGCUUAGUGAGCUAUUCGAUGCAACCCAGGAUGUAUGAUUCUGAGAAGAUGUUGACAAGCACUGCACACACUCGCCUGCAAGAGAACUCGCGAGCGCUGAUGAACUGAG